UCAUUCUUUUACAGACUGCGGCAACAUAAGGAUCAUUCGGUCUUUACGCGAUAAAGUAGUGAUAUAUAAAUAAUAAGCAAUAAUAUACGUAAGAAUUAUUAUUUCUUGGUUUUUCCGCGUUAACUUACUUCAUCGACUGAUCGACGAUAUCAUCAGAAAAAUGGAUAGUAGGAUCUUCGCAUUGUUCGCUUUGGUUGCUGUCUUAGGAUCCUUUACGGAGGCUCGAUCCGGUUUUGGUUAUCCUUACGGAUCUGGAGGACAACACGCCGACAGACCGUUCGCCACGAUGUCCAGAGUGAAGCGAGAAAUUGACGAUUCGAAUGGUGAGAGUACCACCACACCUACUACCAGUCAAGCAACUACAACAACCUCCUCGACAUCAGAUCCUACAACAACACCAUCAUCGACCACACCAUCAUCGACCACAUCAUCAUCGACCACACCAUCCUCAACUACACCAUCCUCAACUACACCAUCAUCGACUACACCUCCAACGUCGCCUACAACUACCCCAUCCACUGAACCAACUACUACACCAACCACUACCACAGAGGCGACGUCUCCCACGACUACUCCGACCUCCACUUCUGCCAGUACUCCCACAUCCACUUCUACUACUCCAACAACUCCAUCCACUACGCCUAGUACAACUUCAGAAAGUACGAAACCAACUUCCGAGAAACCGAGCGACAUUCAGCCACGUUCGAAUGUCGACGAACCUGAAGAAUCCACUAAGAAACCUGAACCUAAGAAUGAAGCGCCAACUCCUGGACCAUUUGGCGCUCCCGGAUUUGGAUCCGGAUUCGGACCCGGAUUCGGAUCUGGUUUCGGACCUGGAUUCGGACCCGGAUUCGGUUCUGGUGGUUAUGAUUCAGGUUUCGAUUCUGGAUUCAACUCUAUACCAAAUUAUAAUGUACCGAACUAUGCAUGGACCGGUACAAACGGCGGGCCCGGAUUCGCAUCCGCAGGCGCGUCCGCUGGAAGUUUUGGAUAUCCAGGAUAUCCAAUGGGAUUUCCCACGGCGGCUUCACCGACAGGAUUUCCGACGCCGUCUUUCGGUAGUCGAGGAGGAUUUCAAGAUAAUUUACCAAAUCAGGAUAAUCCACCAAAUAAGGAUGACUCACCGAGCAAGGAUAUAUCACCGAACAAGAAUAAUUCACCAAAUCAGAACGGAUUCAAUUUCGGCGGAGAUCCGUAUAAUCCAGGACCCGGAUUCUUUUACCCAGGGCAAUUUCCUAGUUUUAAUGAUCCUACUUUUAAUAUGAUCAAACAAAUUCAGGCGCAGAUCGAGGCGCAACAUAAGGCCAACAUGGAGCUCCACAAUCGUUUGGCCAAUGAAGCCGCUAAUUACGAUGGUAAAAAUUACGGUGGCGGCAUACCUCAGGUUGCGAGUGCCAGCAUUGGUUUAGGCCCAUAUGGUGGUUUUCAAUCUGGUCAAAUCAGUCCCGCUUCUCCAGGAAUAGAGUCCAGAUUUGCUGAUGAUCUUCCUCCGCCAUCGGGUAACAGCUUCGGAGUAUUCUCUAGUUCGAGCUCCUCCAGCAUGACCGGUCCGGAUGGCAGGCCGAUUAACCAUAAAUCUUCCAUUACAGGCGUUAAUGAUAAUGGAAAAAUUUCUUAUCGUACUCUGUAUGAUUAAUUAAAUUAUGCUCUUAAUCGUGUCUAUGUUUAUAAUCAUUAAUUUACUAUCAUGUACUGUAUAGAACGUACCAUGAUAAUGAUAAAGUUUUAUAAUUCAAAAUUGUUGAUAUUACAAAGUCAGAUUGUAACAUAAAAUUCUCAAAACUCAGGGUUAAAUAUUUCCUUAAGAUUACCACACAAAUACUCAAGUUU